AUGGACAUAAGCUUGGACCGCCGAGCUUGCGUGUCUCGGAAUGCCUCCCAGGAAAUACGCAAAUGCUCAGACACGCCUCUAACUCGCAUGCUCUGUGAACAGCACGGACAACAAGCGAAAAGCUUAAACAUCCCUGGAUUAUACACUGCCUGUCCCACAGGCGACUCCGAAGUGCCAUACAACGAGCCCGACUCGACGCGUACCCAAAUCGCUCAAGUCGCUUUGCAACGGUCGUCACUGUGGGUCAACAGACCGGCAGCUGUACUGUCUUCGACGUAUGCUAUGACCCCAUGGGGGAAAAUCCUCUUGUGGACCCUAGCUAUUCUUGGAUGCAUAGACAACUUCAACGCCGCUGAAGCAAUACUUGGGAGUAAAGGCAAUGAUGAUUCGCCUGCAUUGGUACAGGCACACAUGACAAGUUGGGAUGACAAAUUUCGCAGUCCAAGACUGGCAGAGGACGAUGAGCGCAAGUCACUGCCCAAGGGAGAAGGCAAGAAAAAGGCGAAGAGACCCCACAGUAGAAAGCUCUUUUCGUCGUGGAGGAGACGAGGAAAAGGCAAUGCCAAAGACACAUCACAAGAAAAUUUAUUACCACCCACAGACGAUGAGAGCGAAGCGAUUGUCGAUGCAUCAUCGAGUGAAGCAACGGAAACGCCACUGGAGGAGCCAAAGAAAAAGCGCUCCCUACUAAAGCCUCUCAAGUUUAAAGGAUCAAAGAGGCAAGAUAGUUUAAAACGGACCACCGGAUUAGGAGUGGCAUUUGAUGCACGUGGGUUGACUGAGAUCAACGAUAUAAAAAGAGAGGUGCUGGGGAACUUCGCAACAAGCUUAAGUGAACAGGCGGAAGUGUUUGAAGCUAUUGAAGCUGCAACCGCAGAUGGCGAAUUGUGCUUGAAAGCUGUGGCUGAUGCUGACCAACGGACAGCUGGACACUUUCCCCAAGAGUUGCAGUCAGUCCGUCAGGGCCUAUUGAUAUACACUGCUUGUGAACGCCUCCUAGAUGAACUAAAACAAAUUAAUGGGACUGAGCCAAAUAAUAUUCUAGAUGGAAUAUUGUCAUUGCCCACUCCCGGAAGCAACGUUAAGGUUCUUGAUGACUUUCUCCAGGCCAGCGAGCCGGUCUUUAGUGUACAAUCAGUGGACGGGCAAAGCACCACACUAGAGGGCAUCGAGAAGACGGUUGACGCCUCAAAGCUUAUUUUAGCUCCCAACCCGGUGGAGGUUGGAUUUGUGGAUACAACGCUCAACGGCUCAUGGCAUACGCUCCACGACGCGGACCCGGAACUCUUCGUCCGCUUUCUUGAUUUUGCCACCCAAAAUGGAUACAGGGAAUCCCUUGAUACCGGAAGGAAGACUGGAAAUUUCGGAGGUCUUAUCCACUCGUUGAAGACAACUUCCAGCGAUUGUACUUCUUCAGCACUCUCUGCCUGGUUGCCUGGCCCUGAACGCCGCCAGCUUGAUGAUGCAGCCCAGUCUCCUUCUGGCCCGCUUAUUGGAAAGGUACAUGGCAGGGUCGCCCCUCAUGGGCCCGCCUACAGCCCUUCUGCCCACACUUUUUCUCACGUGAUGCGAUCCGUCUGCUCAAUGGAAAACCCUAAGAAAGGCCAAGCGGGCUUGCUACCCAGAGGGUCACUGAGCAACUGUAAUACUGAGUGCCUGCUCAAAGCAGCCUUAAGAAAAGACUGGGCAGAUAAGGCAACGGAAAAGCGUAGAAAAGCGUACCGGCUUAGACCGCGUGAUACAAGGAUUGGCGACGCCCUGCGCAUGGCUUCGUAUUAUUCGUCCGACGAACUUGUUGAGCUUGACCAGAAGAUCGCUGCUGCUUGGUUAGUAGGAAAGUUGCUGUUGGCUGCCUCGAGGGGCCGACCAAACAGUGUGUCCGCUAGUGUAUCUCCAGAAGUUGAAGCUGGAGCUGGGCCGUCAAUUCGCGCUCCGCCAGAAACCGAGGGAGCUGAGACAGGAAGCUCCGCGAAUUCACAGGGUGAUGUUGAUGCCUCCUUGUCAAGUGAAACAAAAAGCGCGUCUUUGCUGGAAGACACUAGGAAACGUUCCCAUAGAAACCAUGGUCAAAACAUAAUUCCAAACGCUGUGCAUGAUUUUGUGGUUGGUGGAAACGUGAAUGUCAAUGCAAUUAACCUAAUAGCCACAGCCAAUGUCUGCAGGGCACUUCUGGACACUGAUCUGACCAAUCCAAUGCUAUUCGCUUCCAGCGUGAUAACAAACGUUCGUGGCUAUGUAAACGACUCUGGAGCAGGCAUGGAGAGCGCAGGAAAACAGCGGAAAUUGGCAAAGGGGUCAGACGUAUUUGCCGCGGUGUACAAAUGGCUCUUAUGUGGAUUCGGUGGAGAACUGCUGGCUCCUGUGUUUGCGCCGUACGCUUCGGUGGCUAUGCAAAUUGGCACCUUCUUAAGGGUGGAACUGGAGGAAAGCGAAGCUUUUCCAUGGGAGAAAAUAGUGCAGACAAUGGGAGAUGGGGUAUUUAGUGCAAGCACCUAUGCGUCUGCCUUGAAACAUCUACAGAAAAAGACAGCCAGUUUCCUUGAAAUGUUCACACCUUGCGUGGCGGAAGUAGAGGAGGCAUUGGACCUGCUAAUGCCUUCAGACACAGAUACAAAGAGUCCAACAUUUGCAAAACGCCUCAAGAGGACACUAAAGAGAACGAAGGGGAAGAGGCAGAGAGUUAACGGAGACAUGUGUGAAAUUUCAGCAGAUGUUCAGCAACUGGCUCGUCUGCUGGUCACUUGGUGGGUACUCGGCCCUUCGCCAAGCGAGUCAAAGAACAAUAUGACUCAAUCACCUCAGAGUACUGCAUCUACAUUCAAAGGCGCUCGACUGGUAUUCGCGUUUCUCAUUUUUAACAAUGGUCACGACCAGGCUAAGAUUGCCAUGGAACUUGUAACAGCAGGGUGUAAAGCAAACAAGUUCCAGGUGCCAUCUGGCUGGGCCUUGGCUUCGAAAAAAGAAAGAUUUGAAACCCGCGAGGUUUCCUUCAAGGACAUAUCCAAAGAAAUUAAUGCGAGCUUAAUGUAUCUUAAUUCAUCAUUGGGUUCACGGGAUAUUUCAGAUUGGCUCUUGCCGAUGAUGGCGGCGCAAGCCUUAGCGGAUCUUUGUGCCAAGCACCCUGUUGUGCACCUUGGCGACCUAGUUUCUUCAGAAGCAGGCAGCAUGAUCCUCAUGGGGCAACAAUGCAUUAAGCUUCAAGACGAAGGCAUUAGGUUAAUAUCCAAGGUUUUGGGGAAGCGAUCUAAAACUCCAGACGAAGGUUACACAUAUGUGCUGUUUCAGUUCCUCAAAGGUAUCAACGCCUGGAAUGCCCCUAAAGGUUCUGCUGGACUGUCGCAGGCUUUUGGAAAAUACGCAAGCAGUUCUGAGGAAGCAGACAAGCAAGCAGUGCUUGAUCAAUGGAAUGGAUCCUUCCCGACUGUCGAAUGCCCAUGGAAAAAGAACGAACGGGCUCAAAAUGCCAUGAUUGGAAAGGGCACAAGUUAUCAGAAGCCUGCUCCUUUGCCGGUCAAGGCUACACCUGAGGCCACGGAAUUCCACUGCCCAGCCCAUGCACCAAUUCGCAUACAAGACCUUGCUGAAGUUCCUCAACCGGCGAUGACACAGUUUUGCACAGGAGACUCCGCUCAAUGUCUUGCUUCUGACUACGACUCUGAAAUGCAGAGGCAACUGUAA